GCCAUAUGCAUGAAGAGAGAGAUACAUCCGCACAUUCUUGGGGAGAGAGAGUGAGUGGGAUGGAUACAUAGAUAGAAAUAUACAUAGAAUAUGUCAGACAGCUAGAUAGAUAGAUAGAUAGAUAGAUAGAUAGAUAGAUAGAGAGAGAGAGAGAGAGAGAGAGAGGUUGUGUGAUGUCCUGGCCAAGAUCACGAGGGAGGUUCACCAGCCUCCCGGACGCGAAGGCGCCUUUCCAGGAGGCCGAUGAGAGUCGACAGCGCUGGCUGCAAGGGAAGCAUGAGGUAUGGGAAUGGGUGCGUCAGGGCCAGGAGGUCGGAGUGCGAGGAAAGGGGCAGUACAAGUUGCGUUGCACGUUGUGCAACCACAUAUGGGUUGGGGCGCGGACGAAGGCAGAGGACCACUUCACCCGCCCGGCUGCGCACUGCAUAUUUCGUACAGGCGAGAUUUUGUACAAGUUAAUGAGAGACGGGGUCUCCAUCACGGACCCCGUGGGGAGGGCUAUGGCAGAGAAGCACAUGGACGUCCGCGAAGAGGAGUUGGAGAUGGACCUGCUGAGGGCCGAUGACGCGGCCACCCCUGCUGCACGCAUGGCAGACGACCGGGGUGCUGACCACGGAGAGGAGUCGCAAGGCCGAGGGGCGGGUCCCCCCAUGACGAAUGAGGGACGGUGUUCGAGGCGAUGGGUGGACAUGGCGUGGAUCAAGACGGAGGGCACAUCUGGCCCAUCGGGCAUCGUCGUGCCCCAUGAUCGUCGAAUGCUGCAGAAGAGGUUGGAUAGUUGGGCAAGUGGGGGGUUGCAGCAGCAGUACGAGAGGUUGUGGGCGAGAGCGUUGUUCAGGGCUGGGGUGCCUUUCUCGUUCAUGCGCCUCGAGACCACGCAGGAGCUGCAUGACUUUAUGGUGUCAUUGAUGCGGGUGACGAUUGGGCCAGCUUUGGUCCUACCCUCAUACACAAACAUGCGCACACGGCUCCUAGAUGAGAUCUACCACGAGAUUGCGGAAAGAGUUGCGCCGAAGAAGGCGAAAUGGAAGCUCACAGGGUGUACCAUGAUGACAGACGGGGCUACAACGAGGUCGUACAAGCCCGUCGUCAACUUCAUUGCAGCAGGCGAGGACGGGCCAGUCUUGAUCACCAUCGUCGACAUGUCGGAGAGGGACAAGACUGGUGUGGCACUCGCGGGACAUCAUCCGAGAUAUUGGCGUUCACGUUGUCAAUGCCUUCUGCGAGCUCAGUCGGGUCCCCGAAGGGGUUUCGUGGAUGUUUGGGAGGAUAUGGUAGAGGAUCCGCCGGAGCCGCAGGUCAACGCUGCCUCUGAGGAGGUGUAUGACGACAGUAUGACGAUCCCUGAGGAGGUGGAGGCAGAGAUUCGUAGUCGGCGCAAGGAGGGGGGGGAUCGUGCUAGUGCACAACUGUUGCAAGGGCGGGACUACGAGGAUGAGGACGAGGAGGACAUCAUUUACCAGGCGGAUGACGUCUGCGAGGGGAAGGACAUGAUCGAGGAGAUUGCGGCAGCAGGGAAGGGGAAAGAGGUAGUUCGUGAUGACCCUCUCGUCUCUCGUGUGUGGGACAGAUGGGGGGGGCUUGACAUUGUGGAUGACCAGGACGGCUACCUUCACGGCUCCAGACACACCCUUCAUAUGAUGAAGGACAUUCACGAGUGUCGCAGACCGGAUGAGGGGAGUGCAGGGGUUCAGCAGGACCGUCGUGUGGAUACGGGCUUUCGUGCGACCACCUUCGACAGUGAGGCAGGCUCUAGUGCAGCUACCACAGAGGUAGGAUAGACACGCACGGCGGAGGUGGUAGUCCCACCCCCCGCUGCUCCAUCGUUUGGUAUGCCAUAUGUUGU